AUGUUCGAGGGGGUGGUGAGCCAGGUGCUCGGCGGCCUCCUCCGCCGCUAUGUCAAGGGCAUCCAGAAGGAGCAGCUUAAGAUCGGCAUCUGGAAGGAAGAAAUACUGCUCGAAAAUGUAGAGCUGAUUCUGGAAGCCUUUGACUACCUGCAGCUGCCAUUUGCGCUCAAGAAUGGACGAAUUGGGAAGCUAAGCAUCCGGAUUCCUUGGAAAAAGCUUGGAUGGGACCCUAUCAUUAUUGUCAUAGAAGAUUGGAGCUCAGAUUCUCUGGACAAGAGAGAACUAGCUGGAAAGUUGGCCAAACUUAAUGCCAUUGAGCUUGCUAAAUUUUCUAGAAGAGUUACAGAUAACCAAACGGGACAGUCGUUUUUGUCCUACAUAUCAGCAAAGAUACUGGACAGUAUCCAAGUUUCUAUGCGAAAUGUUCAUAUUGUGUACAUGGAUACCCACAACGUUCAAGGGAACUUCGUAUUUGGUUUGGAAUUCUCAAGUCUCUCAAUACAAACAGAUACCCAGAAGCAAAGUUUUACUAUUUCAUUGAUGGCUAGGUCAAGACAAGAUGAAGUAAAUAAGAUAAUAGAGAUAUCAGAUGUUGGAAUUUAUUGUCAUCAGUUGGAAGAACAACAGGACCUAUGCCAUGUUGGUGCUCUUGAAAAUGGCCACUCAAGGGAUGAUUAUCUUGUAAAUCCAUUUUGUGUGACCGUAUCUGUGCUUGCUAACAAAGCUGCCAAGCUUGAUGGUACCCCUCAGUAUGACAUGACUGCAGAGCUAACUGCAUUGGCCCUAUCUGUUGAUGAAAUCCAGCUCCAACAAAUCUUAAAUCUUUGUGAUUACUUCACUAUCUGUGCUUUGCGAACAAAAUAUGGUCGUUACCGUCCAUCUCAAAGCUCUAUAUCUAAGAGAUGUAAAGGUUGGCAGAGAAUGUGGUGGCAAUAUGCUCAGAAUUCUGUAUUAGCAGAUGUUCGCAGAAGACUGAAGAAAACUUCAUGGCGAUGGCGUUAUUUGAAGCAGCGACUGAAACACCUACUAAGAUAUGUCAAAUUGUACAGAAUGAAAUUGGAGCUUUUGCAGAAAGGACAGAUUGUUAGUGAAGACAUUCUACAAGAGUUGGAAAAUAUGGACAGAGAAUGUGAUAUAGAUGACAUACUUAACUACAGAACAAUUGCAGAGCAACAACUGCAGGAAUCAUUGGUGAAAUCUUCCAAAGAUACUCAUAGUCCAGGAAGUCCUCGAAGCAAUGAACAGUUGACAGGGGCAAGCCAGGGAUGGCUAAACUGGCUUUCUCUUGGAAUGCUUGGUGUUGGUGGAACAGCUGACAGUAGCUCAUUUGCUGGUGUUAUUUCUGAAGACAUUAUUAAGGAUAUAUAUGAGGGAACGGAAUUUCAUCCAGUUUCUUCUGCUGAAAAUUGUUUGAAGAAAGAAAACUACUAUUCUUUGUUUGUUAGACUAUCUAUUUCUCAGAUAGUCACAACUGUCACCUCCAGGGGGUUUGGCAUGAAGCUUGUAGAUACAAUGUUUUCUGGGCUUGGCAUGGAAUGUAAAAUAUGGGAUGAUUCAGCAACUAUUCUUGCUUGGCUUGAUUCUCUUCAGGUUAUCAACCCACUGAAUGAAACAAAAAUCUUACGGGCUGAAAAGUGUAGCACUGGUGAUGGUCUUGGGGCACCUGUUAUCAGUAUCCAAGUUGAUUUUCCCAAGUCAAACGAAAGAUGGGAAGCUUCAACAAGAGUCGUUGUCCAGGAAUUCAGUGCCAUCUAUGAACCAGAAUUCUUUGUUAAUGUCCUGCACAUCUAUGAUCUGUUUUCCUCUUUCCAAUUUCAGCAUGAUAGGGUGGUUUCUUCUCUAAAUCGGUUCGAUAAUUUGGGAACAAGACUUGUCUCCAAACUGAAGUACAUGUCUGCUAAUCGUAAAAAACUUAUUUGGGAUUUGAGGAUUCAUCACUUCGUCAUUAGGCUACCAUCACAGAAUUGUGAAAGGAAAGAACUUGCCAUGGUUGUUGAUGCUGGGGAUGUAUUCAUUCAGUCUAAAGAUACAAUUGAGGAUAUUUCUCGAACACAAGAAAGCAAUUCCUUUCUUGACCACAUAUCAAAAAGCCUUCCUAGUUAUUUUUCUGAUGAUCUGUUACUUGGUAUCCAGUUGGAUGAGCUUUAUAACCAGUUUGAGGUUGGCCUUACUGGGUUUCAGGUGAAGGUAUUGCUGCCUGACAAACAUAAUGUUUCCUCUACACUGGUUAAGCUUGAUGCUUCCAUUGCACUUCGAUUGUGUGUAUUCCUAGAUGAACCAGUGCUAAAACAAUUGGAGGUCGGUUUUAUUGUGCCAUUUAUUGAUGUAUACCUCUCUCAGACAAUGUACAGUGCCAUUGUUAAUUUGCCUAGAAUGAAAGAAACUAACCUUGUCAAGAACAGUGUGUUUGAUAAUCCCAAGACACAUGGACACAAGAAAUCGGCCUUAAAUGUGUCUGUGUCUCUGAAGCUAGCCAAGUUGGGUUUACAGGUUGACCUUGAUGGUAAUUGUGAGGAAAGUUCAGGUCUCAUUGUUGGCAUUGAAGACAUUGAUAUCAGGUAUGCUAUCUGCGAAUUGUCAGACCUUUCUCUUGCCAUGAAGAUGGUCAAUGUUACUUCCAAUUAUUGGAAGGAUGAAUCAGAUUCACAUGUGCUAUGCUUAUCUGGGAACUUAACACGAUGUCCUGAAAAUUCUGUUGAAACUUGCUUGAAUCUGCAUUAUAGAACUCAUAAGCAUGAUGAUCAAAUGCAUCAUAUAUACCAGCUGAAUUUAUGUGAUGUUGAUCUGCAUGUUAACCCAUCUGUUAUUGGUCAGAUACAGACGUUUUUGAGAAAACUUGAUUCAGGACCUUCAGUUGGCAGUGAUGUUGAAUCCACAAUGAUUGGUCAGAGUUCCAUGAAAUCCGGGGCAACUAAUGGCAUACUUCCCAAGUUUUCCUUGUCAAAUUUAUGUGGUGCAGAUGGCACAGUAUUCGCAGGAGUUUCUGUUGACCACUUCCCCUUUUUAGUUGCAGAUUACUGUUGUGGAUAUAGUUUUGGGUGCUUAGGAGCUCAAGAUGUUGAAGCACAAGAAAGUUUAUACUCAAAGAAUGAGCAAUGUCAUGACACUUCAGGUGUGAAUGGUUAUCAUGCAUCAGAUCUUGCCAGCAAUACACACGGUAAAACCCAGCAUUCAAAUUGUUCAUCCACCUCAUCAAAUGACCCCAAGAAUGCCAGCAGAACUGUUCUGGAUCUAUCACUUAUUUCUGUUAGAGUACAUUUUCCUGAAUCAUGUGGUACUUUAGCAACAAUAACCAUUCCUGAAUCUAUAUCAGCACUCACUUAUUUUGAUGCAAGCUCAUGGGACUUACUACUGUCUGCUAAAAAUUUGACUCUUGCUUCACCAUGGACUCCACCAAAUAUCCAUGAGCUGCUCUGGGGCACAUCUUCACAUCGCAAUGCUAGUGCACUCAACGUUCGAGUUAAAAAGGACUUACCUGCACUGUCAACCGAAGUAUGUGUUGGAAUUCAAAAUGUUUGUUGUGUAUUGCCAUCCAAGUUACUGGCUAUGUUUGUUGGAUUCUUUUUGUUGGAUGAUUGGAAUCCUAUUGCAGAACAGGAAUUCCCUGUGGCAGGUAACAAUCUUGAGUGCUUGGGAGAAUCACAUGACUGUGUAACAUACAAAUUUGAGAUCAGUGAUUGUGUUGUAAUUUUUCCUGUGAAAGAGCAAGAUUUCUUUUGUCUAAAGCUGGAGGUUCCACAUUUUUUCUGUGAGUUCAUUGCAACUGGAAGCUCUGUAGAAUUUGCAAAGCGUAUCCCCAAAGAAUUCUUCAGUUCGGAGUGCAUAGUUUCCAGAAGAGUUGAUGUCAUCUGCAUAUAUGCAAGAAAUGCAUCCAUAUCACUUCUAAUUGUCAGCGACCAUACAGAUUUUGUGCUGAAGCUUGAUGAGAGCGUUCCUAAGAGAAUCCAUUCUCUUAUUGAAAAGCUUGAUGCUGGCAUAUGGAUUCAGGUUCCUUGCAAAGAUAUACCAUACUCCCAGCAGCCUACUUUACCCACCUCAAUUAUGAGCAAAAUAUCACGAUGCAACUUGAUUGCCGAAGAUCUAUAUUUUAUAAAUGGGAUGGAGACAGUUAUUGGUGUUGUUGACCAGUUGAUUUCGAUCGGCAAUGAAAGUAAAAUGUACAAAGGCAAUGCCUUGCAGUUUUUAGAUCAUAGAAGUUUCUACGAGGGCAACCCUGACCCUAAUGAGUGUACCAAUCUCACUAUUUCGAUCAAGGAUCUGAUGAUUCUCUUGGGUCAGUCUAAAGAUAAAGUGGCACUGGAGAGGAUUGCCACUGCAAACAUGGAGUUUGAUGUUUCUGCUGUACUAGUUGGUGAAAAACCAGAGCACAUGAACUUUGAUGUUGUUUCUUUAACGCUGCAGUCAUCCGGUGGUUACACUCUCAUCUCCAUUGUUUCCGAUGGGCCAUUAUCUCCUGUUUUCGUCAAGUUUACAAAGCACCAUGCUGGACAAGAUGAGAUAUUACUAAGUGUACCCCUUUUCGAGGUCUGGUUAUAUUUACAGGAUUGGAAUACGAUUAUCAAUCAUUCCCAUUCAUAUGUGAAAACAGACGUAAACAGUACGCCUGUGGAGCAUGCAGCUGCUUUGUCUCAGUUUCCAGAAACGGCAUCAUCACCACUUAUUGCAUCAGAAUUUGGUUCGCCAGAUGACUUCAACUUAGUGCUAACAUGUGAAACUAUUGCUGGUGUACUCCAUAUACCUAUCUGGGGGAAAGAAGAAAAUCACACAAGCAAUCACAUGGGUGUGACUCCUUUUCCAAUGGAAGUGGGCACUCAUCAUGAGGCAGAUGAUAUUCAAUAUUGUGAACCAAAAGUUUGCAAGUUUGUCACCUUAACUUUUGAGAGUAAACAUUUUGUGAUGAUGUCAGGUGAUAGCUGCACGAAUUUUAAAUGUGAUUUAGAGAGAUUGAAGGUAAUGCUGGAAAUGAUUCAAGAGAAUAAGGGUACCUCUGUUCCAUUUGUGCAUAUAUCUAAGGUUAAAUCUUCUGGUUAUGUUCAUCAAUCAGAAAGGAAUUUGGAACAUGUUUCUGUUGACCUACAAGCUGAAUACAUGGAUGUUAGUUUUUCACACCAGAUAUUUAACUUCUGGCAUAAUAUGGAACUCAAAUUUCCUGCUGCAUCAUCUGCAUCCUCUUUUUAUUCCGUGGCAUUCAAGGCAGGAUUGAGGAAAGGGUCUCUUCUGCUAAAUGAUGGAAGGUGGGGCAGUCAUGGACCUGUAAUAGAGAUCUUAUUGAAGAAUUUAACUGUGCAGUUUAGUCAAAUGAAGGAUAGGACAGAAAUUUCUGCUUUUGUUGACCUUUUAGUAAAUUACAAUAACAUUGACAAGGUUAUGUGGGAACCUUUUGUAGAACCCUCAAGAUUUCAGUUACAUAUGCUAAGAAAAUGUGGUGAUUGUGGACUGGAUCUAUCACCCAGUACUGAUGUGUGUUUAAGUUCAAGCAAGCAGCUUAAUCUGAAUAUAUCAGAACCCUUAAUUGAGGCUAUCCUCAGACUUAGCCAGAUGAUUACAGAUUCUCUUGAUCCAAGUAAUGGUAGUGGUCUUCGGGAAGAUCCUGGAAUCUUGACAUUAAGCCAUGAUGAUGUUCGUACCAGAAGAUAUGCGCCAUACAUUCUCUCGAAUGACACAUCAUUGCCCUUUAGGUUCAAGGUGUACCGUGGUGCUGUUAAUUCAGAUGAUGUUGACAGUUUCUCUGUAAUAGAUGAAAACUCUGUACCGGCAGGGUAUGCUGUCCCAAUUUACGUCAAAGAAACUCUUGAUGAUUUUUUCUUCCAACACAGAGAAGCGCGAUCGUCAGACCAUCUCAUCGAGAAACGAAUGAGUGCUGUAUCACACUAUAUGAUCUCCAUAGAGUUUGAUGGAACGUCAGGCCCUUCAAAGCCAAUGUCAAUGGACCUUGUGGGCAUUUACUUCUUUGAAGUAAAUUUCUCUUCAAGUAAAAAGCCAAUUCUCGGCGAAGAAAGUUUAGGAGCAUUUUCGUCUAAUGGAAAAGGCAACGAUGGGUUAAUUGUGCCUGUGGUGCUCGAUGUUUCCUUACAGAACUACAGCAAGCGUAUACGAGUUUACUCAACGGUAAUACUAUACAAUGCAACAUCAAUGCCCCUCGAAUUGAGGUUCGAUAUACCAUUUGGUCUUACAUCAAAGGUAAUAGGGCCCAUUCCUCCAAACAAAGAAAUUCCACUGCCGGUUCAUUUGUCUGAAGCUGGCCAGAUUAGGUGGCAUCCUGCUGGCAGAACAUACUUGUGGAGUGAAACGCGUUCCUUGUCAAGUUUACUUUCACGUGAAAGCAGGGUUGGGUUCAUGAAAUCAUCUGUUUGCUAUCCUUCUCACCCUAGUAAUGAUCCAUUUCGUUGUUGUGUAUCUGUUGAAGAAUACAAUGUCCCUUCAUCCGUUAGUACCCAGAAAGGCCAGUUGUGCAGUGAAAGAUUGAACACACAAGUUUCUGGAAGUUCUACUCCAAAUAUUUUUAAGCAAAAUUUGACAAGGACACAUUUUAUACGGCAUGUCAAGCUUAAUACUCCGCUUCUCAUAAAGAACUAUCUCCCUGUUUGCAUUUCCUUGGCAAUAGAUAAUGGUGGGUCUGCACGAGUAGUUUCGCUAAAGGAGGUAGGGUCUGCCUCUAUUUUUUUUGUUGAUCCCUCCAACGAUCUUGGAAUUACAAUUGAUAUCCAAGAUUAUAGGUCCUUGAACAUAAAGUUUCCCCGGGCUGAAUCAUUAUCUACUGCAGCAAAGUCAAAUGGCUUCAAAUUCUCCAUAACAGAGUCGAUUACUUUCUACUCGAAUUUGUCGAAUUCUCCUCUUAAUGUUAUGCUGGAAAAAUCAAUGGAUGCUCGUUCUGGCGCAAGGGAGUUGUAUCUUUCUGUUCCAUUCUUGUUGUACAAUUGCACAGAUCUAUUGCUUACUGUCACUGAAAGCAGCUCUGAGAGGAGUGGGUCCACCCUUGUGAUUCCUCCUAGUUUUGAGUUGGAUGGACAUGCAAAACAUUUGCUUGAAAAAAGUGGUCUUUCUCUUGUUGAUCCAUCUGUACAGUGCUUUACAGGCAAAAUGCCCCAGUUAGAUUUGAUUGAUGGACGCUGCUCUUCUUCAGAGAUAAGCUGCACCAGUAACAGUGAGUCUGUAAAGAAAGAUUUUGACAAUGGUGUUAAAGCUUAUAUGUUUGCUCCUGAUGGGCACACUCCAGCAACUGAACUUUCAGUUAAGUUGAAUGCUUCUCCGCCUAAUAAUGGAACUGAAACAACUCGGCGAAAUUGGUCAAAUACAUUCCUCCUUGUCCCUGCCAGUGGUUCAACAAAUGUUACUAUUCCCCAGUCAUCUACUUCUGGUGCCUUCUUAGUUGCAGUGGCAUCUAUACCUGUUUCAACAGAACUUUUUGGGAGGACAAGGGCUAUUGCUUUCAGGCCAAGAUAUGUCAUAUGUAAUGCAUGCAGCAAUGAUUUGUUCUUUCGACAAAAAGGAACACGAUUUUCUAAGCACUUACGUUCUGGGCAACACUCUUUCCUUCACUGGUCUGAUACAGCAAGAGAGUUGCUGGUCUCCGUUCGGUUUGAUGGCCCAGGAUGGCAAUGGUCAGGAAGUUUUUUCCCUGACCACCUGGGAGAUGCUCAAUUGAAAAUGCGGAAUAGUGCCUCAGGUUUAUCAUAUAUGGUUCGAGUUGAAGUGCAAAAUGCCGAUCUAGACGUAUACAGCAAGAGAUUUUCUGGAAAAAAUAAUGUCAAUACUGGUACAGUACUGAUUCUGCUAUCUGAUGAUAAGACUGGUUUUGUACCUUACAGGAUCGACAAUUUUUCAAUGGAGAAACUGCGGAUAUAUCAACAGAGAUGUGAAUCUAUUGAAACAAUUGUUUAUCCCUACACAUCCUGUCAAUAUUCUUGGGAUGAGCCUUGCUAUCCUCAUCGCCUUACUGUUGAGAUUCCUGGAGAACGAAGUUUGGGUACAUUCAAUCUGGACAUUCUCAAUGAUGAUGUUCAUGUGUCGCUACCUUCUACAUCCGAGAAAGCUGAAAGACAAUUCUGCAUCUCAAUACAUGCGGAAGGAGCGAUUAAGGUGCUAAGUGUUCUUGAUUCAAAUUGCCACAAUACGGAAACAAAAGAAAAGAAUUUUCUGGGAUCAAAGGAACCUAAAGUUGCUGAUCACAAACUGGAGCUUGAUAUGAAUUUUGCUGAAGUUAUCAAAAUACACUUACCAUUCAUCGGGAUAUCUCUAAUAAGUUCUUCUCCACAGGAAUUGUUGUUUGCUUCUGCCAAGGAGAUGACAGUUGUUGCCAUGCAGAGUUUAGAUCAGCAGAGAUUUACAGCUCAAAUACAAUCUAUGCAAAUUGAUAAUCAGUUCCCUGAUAGCCCACACCCUGUCAUGUUGUCAUUUGAGGGCAGUCAUAAGGGAAAAUCCAUGAACUUUUUUAAGAGUAAAGAUACUAAGCUGAAAUCAGCAAAUGACAUUCUUUCCAAUACUACAGAGCCUGUGCUGCAAUUUGCUGCAGCUAAAUGGAGAACCAGAGAUGUAUCAUUUGUUUCCUACCAAUAUAUAAACAUAAGCGUAGCUCCUGUUCGCCUUGAACUUGAAGAACGACUUGUCUUGAGCAUGAUUGAUUUUUUUAGAUCUGUUUCCUCUAGAAUAAAUAUUGGACACUUAGAGAAAAGUCUUGAGCUAAGUAUUUUAGGUGGUGCUACGGACAUGUUAAGAGAAUAUGAAAAAAUCUCAAAGAAUAUAUCAGACAAGCUCCUGGUGCAAGACAGUGAAUUGUUGCCUUCUGUUGUCCCAGUUGGUGCUCCAUGGCAACAGAUACACCUUUUAGCCAGAAAGCAGAAAAAGGUGUACAUUGAGUUGUUUCAGUUGACUCCUGUCAAGUUGACUUUCAGUUUUACGAGCACACCUUGGCUCAAUAGGAAUGAAGGUGGUUCAGACCCCAGCAUAGGUUUCAACAACACUACUGCAAUCCAGAGAGGUCUUAUGGCCCUCUUAGAUGUUGAAGGAGUACCAGUUUACCUUGGAGAAAUUAUUGCGGAAAAUCUUAUGGCCAGCUGGCAAUCUGUUCAGGACAUUCUUGUGAGGCAUUAUAGCAGGCAAAUCCUCCACGAACUUUAUAAGGUUUUGGGUUCUGCUGGCGUUAUAGGAAAUCCUAUGGGUUUUGCUAGGAAUGUUGGGUUUGGUCUAAAGGACUUCAUAUCUGCUUCAAGAAAAGGGAAAUUGCAGAGCCCAGUUGAACUAUUAAACGGUAUAGCACAAGGUUCAAAAACUCUUAUUGGAAGUACAGUUUAUGCAGUCAGCAGCGCCACUUCUCACUUCAGUAAAACUGCUUAUAAGGGCCUUGUUGCCUUUACAUAUGAUGAGCAAGCUGCUUCGAAGAUGGAAGAACGGGAAAGACAGCUAGGUUUGCAUGGGGAAGGAGUACUGAAUGGUUUUCUAGAGGGUCUGACUGGGCUCCUUCAAUCACCGAUCAGGGGAGCUGAGAAACAUGGUCUUCCCGGGGUCAUCUCAGGUUUAGCAAUGGGAACAGCUGGCCUUGUGGCACGGCCUAUGGCUAGCAUUCUUGAAGCCACAGGCAGAACUGCCCAGAGCAUAAGAAACCGAAGCAACCCUCAUGAAUCCAACUAUUUGCGAGUCCGUUUCCCCAGGCCUGUUGCCAGAGAUCACCCUUUGCUCCCAUACUCCUGGGAUGAAGCCAUCGGUGUAUCGUUGCUUGCCCAAGCUGAGAGUGGUAGACUAAAGGAGGAGACAUUUGUCAUGUGCAAGACACUCAAGGGGGCUGGGAAGUUCCUUGUGCUAACUGAGAAGCUGCUUCUACUAGUCUCAAGUCCAUAUUUAGUGGAUCUAGGAUCACCUCAGUUUGUUGGUGUUCCUCCUGACCCACAGUGGUCAAUCGACACAGAGAUGCACCUCAAGAGCGUUGUUCAUCUGGACAGGUCUCAGGAGGUAGUGAACAUUGUUGGGAGCAAUGGACAGACUUCACCUAGGGACAAAAGAGGUGGCACGAGAAACAGGGUCAUGAGCUCGGCCUUUGCCCCCCUGUUUCACCUCAGCAUCGAGCUCCCAAAUGAUGAGGAUGCAGAAGGGACGGUGCAGGUCCUACAGGCACUCAUCGAGAAGGGGAAGGCACGGAGGUGGGACAAGAACAUCCUACACCGAAGCAACAUCAGUUGA